GUUCGUUACACAUCCAUUCGUCGAAUACUGAUUGAUGCAAACACGCAUUCAACCGAUGCUGGAGUGCACUUCAUACGCAUCUUUUUCCAACUGAAUUACCCACCUGAAAUAAGAAAGUUUCAAAAGAAACCCGCCGAUGCAGAUGAUAAAUUCUACAGUGAAGGGAAUCGAUGGAGAUCAAUACCAGAAGAUAACAAUGAUUCGCGUGAUAACUGUGCGGCAAUUAACGAUAGUCCUACAAUGUGUUUGCAGUUCACGAGUGAACUCAAGGAUGAAUGUCUCUAUGAAAUCCUCAGUCGAAUAUAUAUGCGAGUUGCGUUGCCAUUAGAGUUCACUAAUGUGGAUGUUGCCAGAUUUAAAACUUCAGAUUACGUUCCAAUGCCGGUGAGUUACGUUGGAUGUGACCAUCGUGCAUGUGCUGGUGAACAGUUGUACACUGCAACAUCUCAUCGAAACGGAGAUAACACAGACUCUGAAGUGACGACAGCAGCAGCGACACCAUCCAGCAAUUGCAACAUUACGACUACUGGUUCAGGGCAAACCGCAGCAUCGUCAUCCUCAUCGUAUGAACCACCAUAUCCAAAAGUGGAUUUAGAAUGCUAUCAGAAGAUUGUCGAUUGUGGAGUGUUUGGAUUGGAGUAUUUGAUUGCUGCAUUGAUGACUAGAGGCGCGAUUGUGAAAGAUCAACUCUUGAUAAGUGCGCAAAAACGAAACGAAUUUGUCGAUUUAGUGGUGCAGCGAUUCCACGAAGACCGAGAGGUGAGCGAGUCGUUUUUGUGUGCCAAUUUUCUGUUUCAUUCAUCAUCAUUUUUAGUUAUUACACCAAGCCAGAGUGGAUGUUCAGUAUUGCAUUUAGAUGGCAUUUGA